AUGCGCAGUAGUCGCUUCACGCUGCGGGAUUUCAUCAUCAGUUGCGUAUCCCGGUCAACAAAUACCGUAAAUCCACCGGAGUCGGGACUGGGGUUUUACAGAACCACUGGCGAACUACGAAUCGCAUCGUCUUCGAUAAACGAACAUCUAUCAGAGGGGGAGAAGAAGUGCCCUUUCCUAAACAACAAGAACUUGGUGAAGCAAGCAAGCCGUGAAGUCCAGGAAGACAUCAUUGACUUGGCUGCCAGGGAGCAAGGUCCAUCUGGACAUGAAGCUAAACCCAAAGACCAAGUCAAAUGCCCGUUUCUGGCAUCCCAGGGAAAACCUGUGGCAAAUGUAACUGUGAUUGAAGCUCCAUCUGGACAUGAAGCUAAACCCAAAGACCAGGUCAAAUGCCCCUUUCUCGCUUCACAGGGGACAUCUGUGGUGGAAGAGCAAGAACUCUUCCCCUACAAUGACUUCUUCCAAGAACAAAUUGCGCGCAAGAAGGCAGACCACUCAUACCGUGUGUUCAAAAAGGUGUCACGAAUGGCCAGCCAGUUCCCCAAGGCCAAGGAAUAUUCUUGGGGUGAGAAGGAGAUUACGGUUUGGUGCUCCAAUGAUUACUUAGGAAUGUCUCGUCAUGAAAAAGUCCGAGAAGCAGUAAAGAAGUCCUUAGAAGAGCAUGGUGCUGGUGCUGGAGGAACAAGGAACAUCUCAGGCAACACUGUACUUCAUGAAACCAUGGAAGCAAAAUUGGCUUCCAUCCACAGGAAGGAUGCAGCACUGCUCUUCACUUCAUGCUAUGUGGCUAAUGAUUCAACCCUGUACACACUUGCUAAGUCACUGCCAGGAUGCCACAUCUUCUCAGACGAAGGAAACCAUGCUUCUAUGAUCCAAGGGAUACGCAACUCAGGGGCUCCCAAACACAUAUUCCGACACAAUGAUCCAAAACACCUUGAAGAAUUACUGAAAUCUGUGGAUGUAUCUACCCCAAAGAUUGUAGCCUUUGAAACUGUUCACUCCAUGACUGGUGCUGUUUGUCCACUAAAGGAUCUGUGUGAUGUAGCACACAAGUAUGGAGCUAUAACCUUUGUGGAUGAGGUACAUGCUGUGGGUCUUUAUGGUGAAAAUGGAGCUGGUAUUGCUGACAGGGAUGGACUGCAAGAUCAAAUUGACAUUGUCUCUGGCACCCUGGGCAAAGCUUUUGGCAACAUUGGAGGAUACAUUGCAGGAAAUGCAACUCUUGUUGAUAUGAUUCGUAGCUAUGCAGCUGGCUUUAUCUUCACCACCUCCUUACCACCAACUGUUGUUUCUGGAGCUCUGGCUGCUGUUACCAUCUUGAGCAGUGAGGAAGGCCGAAAUCUGCGAGGAGUCCAUCAGAAGGCAGUUCAAUACCUCCGCAAAUUGCUCAUGGAUAAUGGCUUGCCUGUGGAACAUUGCCCUUCACACAUUUUACCUGUUCAUGUUGGUGACCCUAUGCUUUGUACAAAAGUGUCUGAUGAGCUGAUACGAAAGUAUGGCCACUAUGUACAAGCUAUCAACUACCCGACUGUACCUAGAGGACAGGAGAAGCUUCGAAUUGCCCCAACACCUCAGCACACCCCAGAAAUGAUGGAUCAGUUUGUGAAGGACCUUGUUAGUAUAUGGAAGGAGUUGGAUCUGCCUUUAAAUGAUAAGAGAUGUGAUGAUGAAUGUACUUUCUGCAAGAAACCAUUUCUUUUCAAGCAACUGGAGGCUCGGCAGAAAUGCAGCAGUGAAUGUGACAAACCCUACUGCCCACAACUAGCUGAAUGUUUUUAGCACUACAUUAUGCAUAGACCAGUCAGGUUGUGAUAUCUUGGAUACGAAUAAUGACCAAAGACAUAUGCAGUCCUUUAUGUAGCAAGAAUACAUGACAGUAAAAAUCUACAUUGUAUAAACUUGUCUAUUUGCAAUUCCAACAACUGUGAUGAAAUCAUUUACUACAGUGUCAUUCCUUUUGUCAAUAGUCAAAGAUAGAUAACUUAUUUACAGACACACAAACGAAGUUGCUCUUUAUGUGCAGUGAAAUGUUUAGUUUCUUAUACAUACUAAUAAAAAACAAUGAAAGCAUAAAUAUACAUAUCUAUUUCACUAUUUAUUAACUAAUUCCAUAACUAAGUGACUGCAUGUGUGAAGCCCGGGAAAAGCAAUCACUGUCAAAACUUUGUAGAAUCCGUGCUAUUGGAUGUUUUCAAAAACUGUUGGUCAUGUGAACCAUCUUCAGAUAUUUAUUUUAUAAGGCACUCCUGCAAACCAUGUAAUUUUCAUUAAAUGGUUAUUUUAAAAACCAUCAUGGAUAGGUAGUUGAAUGUGUUCAAAAAGCCAAAUGGAGAAAUAGUUUAGGUAAUGCUAUAUAUCAUUAUUCUCCUAAU